CUCUCUCCCUCCUGGCAGAGCCUUCAGCCCGGCCUGCUCCUAGCUGUCCAGGGCUCCUCAGCAGCCGCUUCCCUCCCUCCUCCCUGGCUGCCUCCUCCUCCCCUCUCCUGCCCUCCUUCCCCUUUCACCCCCAUCCCCUGCCCUGGACUCUGAGAACAUGAGGGGCUUGGCCUGUCUCCUUGCAAUGCUGGUGGGGAUCCAGGCUAUGGAGCGACUCCGCCUGGCUGAUGGCCCUCACGGCUGUGCAGGACGCCUGGAGGUGUGGUACAGCGGGCGCUGGGGCACCGUGUGCGAUGACGGAUGGGACCUUCGGGAUGCCGCGGUGGCCUGCCGUGUGUUGGGCUGCGGAGGGGCACUGGCCGCCCCCGGGGGGGCCUUCUUCGGGGAGGGCACUGGGCCUGUGUGGCUCAGUGAGUUGAACUGCAGGGGCAGUGAGGGGCAGCUGGGUGUCUGUCCCCACCGAGGCUGGAAGGCCCAUAUCUGCUCUCACGAGGAGGAUGCGGGCGUCGUCUGUGUAGGUCAGCGUGCAGCUAACUCUAGGGAAGACUCAGUGUCCCUGCUGGACGGGGAUCCCUGGCUGCCACUGUCCGGGGAGCCGAGCCCCAGCUCCGAGGAGCCCCCUGUAACUCACGCUCCCCAACCAGCAGCAAGCUCCCAGAAUGGCCCCCGAAAGAAGAGCCCCCGGCCACCCAAGCAGGCCAAGUCCACCCGGGCCCCGGUACUGACAAACGGAGCUCCCCGCCAAGAGCGGCUGCGUCUGGUCUCAGGUCCCCAUGGAUGUGCUGGCCGCCUGGAAGUCUGGCACGGUGGUCGUUGGGGCACUGUCUGCGAUGAUGGAUGGGACCUCCGAGAUGCUGCGGUGGCCUGUAGGGAGCUGGGAUGUGGGGGAGCGCUGGCCGCCCCGGGGGGUGCCAGAUUCGGACCUGGCGAGGGACCCGUGUGGAUGGACGAUGUGGGGUGUGGAGGAGGAGAGGAGGCCCUCCGGGAUUGUCCCCGAAGCCCCUGGGGCCGGAGCAACUGUGACCACACUGAGGACGCAGGGUUGGUCUGCACUGGUCCUGCACCCAGGCUGCGCCUGGCUGAUGGUCCCCACGGCUGCGCUGGCCGCCUGGAGGUUUGGCACGGUGGGCGCUGGGGGUCGGUGUGUGAUGACGCUUGGGACCUUCGCGAUGCUGCGGUGGCCUGCAGGGAGCUGGGCUGUGGGGGCGCCCUGGCCGCCCCGGGGGGCGCCUUCUUUGGAGAGGGGGCUGGACCCAUCGUCCUGGAUGACCUCAGAUGUCGGGGAAAUGAGACAGCCUUGCGCUUCUGCCCUGCGAGGCCCUGGGGCCAGCAUGACUGUCACCAUCGGGAGGAUGCAGGGGCCGUGUGUGAUGGCAUGCCUCUCAGUGACGUGCAGCCUACAGCGCGUGCGGUGGACAGCAACAGCACAACAGCCAGGCUUCUGUCGACCUCUACGGGGCAGACGCCAGGCCCAGCAGGCACCUGGCCCCCUCCUGCUUCUCCUACUGUCCCUCCAGAACCUGGGCCCGAAGCUGGGUCUCCCCAGUUGCGCCUGGUGGCUGGACCCAGCAGGUGCUCUGGUCGACUGGAGGUAUGGCACGAUGGACGCUGGGGGACAGUAUGUGACGACAGCUGGGACAUGAGAGACUCGGCUGUGGUCUGCCGGGAGCUGGGCUGUGGGGGGCCUCAGCAACCGGACCCUGCAGCGGGACGCUUUGGAUGGGGCGCAGGCCCCAUCUGGCUGGACGAUGUAGAUUGUGUGGGGACGGAGGCUUCACUGUCAGAAUGCUCUGCCGCUUCCUGGGGGAAACACAACUGCGCCCACAAUGAGGAUGUCGGUGUUACCUGCACUGGGACCCCCGGCCUGGAUACCAUCUCAGAUCCUUUCAGUUGGAGCUGGCUCCCGGGGCUGGGUAGAGAUCAGGAUGCCUGGCCUCCCGGAGAGCUGGCCACCAAGUCUCCUGCCAGUCUCACCUCCAGUGUGCUACAGAAAACCACAAAGGCUCCAGGGAAAGCGCCCAAGGCUACCAAGAAGUGGGUGACUAAAAAUGCAAAGAGACCAACCACUCAGCCGCCCGGGAUGCCAACCUCUAAACGCUCCAGGGUCCCAGGCACUCCAGCCUCCCUAAGUCCAACCUCACGUCCCUCGGAGUUACCAAAGAGACUGACUGCCGCGGCUCCCCACAGACAGACCUCACAUACCACUGUAAGGAUGACCCCUAGGGUCCCCUGGGAGUGGACCUCAGAGACGGUGGUGUCACUGUCCACUCAAGGUCCCCAAGAAGUGACCUCCGAGGCCACCACCACGCAAACCCCUCAGACCUCUGCGGAGCCAUCUGGUGAGAACCCAGAAGGUUCUCUGGAAUCAUCCCAAGACCCAGCUGCCGCCCCAACUGCUGGAGCCCCUGUGCCAUCGGGUCCCUUCCGGGUUCGUCUGGCUGAUGGGCCCAACAGGUGUGCUGGCCGACUAGAGGUGUGGCAUGCCGGACUCUGGGGGACAGUCUGUGAUGACAGCUGGGACCUCCGGGAUGCCACAGUGGCCUGCUGGGAACUGGGUUGCGGCAAGGUCCUGCCCCGAGUAGGCAAAACCCACUAUGGCCCCGGCACUGGGCCCAUCUGGUUGGAUGACAUGGGCUGUAAGGGCAGUGAGACGUCGCUGAGUGACUGCCCCUCGGGGACGUGGGGGAAGCACAACUGCGACCACGAAGAAGAUGUGGUGCUCACCUGCACUGGCUACACGGGGGAUGGCGAUUAUCCUUCCUGGACCUGGGACCCCAAUUCCGGAGAGGACCUGACCGAAGGGGCCACGGUGUCUGUGCGGCCUGGACAUACACUUUCCUGGGUUACCACUACAAACCCUCAAGUUCUCUCUCCAGCAACACAGAGCCUUCCAGACACAGCUCCAGGGUCGCCAAGGAAGCCAAAACCUGAGCGCCGGCCGCUGCGCCCCACCUCAGCCAGGGCAGCGCACACCGCCUCAUCCCCUGCUGCUUCCACUUCACCAGGACCUCCUGGUUCACUGCAGACCUCUGGCGCCUGGCCACGACUUCUGCCAGAGUCACAGCAGAAGGCGACCUCUAGCCCCCCCAAAACAUCUCCGCCCACCCCAGGACUUCCCUCCCCGAUGACCUCGGCCUCGUUCACUCCUGAUGCCAGUUUGCUUCCCACGAGCACCCCAGAGCUCCCAGGAAGCCCCACACCCACCUCCCCUGAAGGGCUAACCUCUGACUCGUCCACGCUAUCAGGAGUGAGCAGCCUUUACCCUACCUCAGAGCUGACCCCAGGAUCUGACACCACACCAGACCUGGGCCCGGCACCCGAAAUAACCCCGGAAAGUCCUGACCCCUCGGACCUCCCCAGGAGCCCCAGGACCACCACACAGCCAUUCACAGCCUCUCCCCCCACCAGCAUCCCUCAUCCCAGCACCACCCCUCACCCCACCACCGUCCCUCAACUCAACACAACUUCCUACCCCAACAUGGCCUCUCAACCUACCACAGACCCUCAGCGUCCCAGGAGCCCUCACCCCACCUCAAGUCCUCAACCUCCUACCAACACUCACCCUUCCUCAACCCCUGCCACCCCUACAGAGUCCCUUCCAUCCUCCCCCACCCCACAAGCGAGGGUCAAGCCCAGCCCACACCCGGAGCUGACCUUUGUGGAAGCCCGGCCCACAGACACAUCCCAGAUGCAGCACCUAGAGCUCGUCCUAGCCUCAGAGCCUGGCCCCUCCAGGCAAUCUCCAGCCUCAAGCGCGGACCCACUGUCCACAGAUAUUGUCACACCACCCAGAAGCCAGACCUUCCACUCAUCUUCAGACGCCAUGGUGACCCCUGACCUUCCUGUGUCCUCUGUGGCCCACCCAUCCGACCAACCUUCCCCAGACCACCUCACUCAAGGGCCAACCCCUAAUCACCACUCAGGUCCCUCUGGGCCGUGUGUGGCACCAGUACCACCCGUCAGGGUCAUGGCGUGUGAGCCGCCUGCCUUGGUGGAGCUGGUGGCUGCCGUGAGGGAGGUGGGCGAGCAGCUGCGGAGCCUGACCCGGGUCCUGGAGCAGGACCGGCAGGAGCGCCAAGCCCUGGGGCUGGGCCUGGUCCAGUUGGUAGAGGCUGCCCAAGGGUUGGGGCAGCUGAGUGAGACGGUGAAGAGGCUGGCAGAGGUGGCCUGGCCCCCCAGCACCCCUGUGCCCACGACCACCACCACAGAGGAGGAGGAGAGGCCUCUGAGGGGAGAUGUGUGACCCACUCAGAAACUUGAGGUGCUUAAGAU